GACACCAAACUAAGAAUUUUCCACCUUCAUAUUCUCUGUUUUGAUUUGAUAUUUAGCACACAGUAACACAAAGUAUCUAUUGAUAUUGAUUUACCUGAAUUAAAUAAUCAUUCCUCAAUAGAUUUUGUUUUUUCUGCUCUGGUUCUGGCUUUCAUGGGAUCUACCGCUCCUUCUACUUCAAAACCAUCACAUGCAUUAACUCCCUCAGCUCACUCUGUUAUAACCUUGUUCUGUACUUCUGUUUCCCUUUCCCAUUCAAUGAAGCUAAAAACAGAAACUUUUUGAGGAACCCAUACAUUCUCAAACGGAAUAGUCUGUAGGAUGAUGAAUGUUGAGAAAGGAAAGUGAGUAAUAGUGCCUCUUAGGUGCACUUAUUUUGCAAUAGCAUUAGUUUGAAAGCCAUAGGCCAUGGCUCUGGGAAAGAAUUUUCGAGGUGAAGGGAGGAAGUCAACGAACUACUAUUCGACAGUUUUUGUGGCUGUGUUUGUUGGCUUUUGCUUAGUUGGUAUAUGGAUUGUAAUGUCAUUCAUUGUUCCAUUCCAGAACACAAUUGUACAGGCACCUGAGACUGUUAAUGAGGGGAAACAUAUAGUAAAUAACAAUGCUUCUACACAUUUUGAAGAUAGUUUAGGUGAUAUACCUGUAGAAUCAACAAAGGUCGAUAGCCAGACCCAAAAAACUGAGAGUGAAAGCCAGCCGGAAAAUGAGGGUGACAGAAAAGGAGUUGAAAAAGUGUCUGAGGAUUCACCUGAAGAAAACAAGCAAGAGGUUGUUAGGGAUAGCUCAGGUCAGUCGAGUGAAAAAAACGAUUUAGAGAAGGAAUUGGAUGGAAACUUAAAUUCAGAAUCUGAAAGUAACAAGAGCACAGAUAACAAUCUAGGAGCAGAAAGAAAUAUUGGUGAAGCCACAGAUCAAGAAGAGAAGUUUGGUGAGGCCGAGGAGGAUAAAACCGAGAAUCAUGUGCAUUCGGAGACCAAACAAAGUACUGGAGAGAGUAACUUGGAAAGCCAUGUAAGCAACAAAGUUUCAAAAGAAGCCUUUCUAGCUGGUACUCAGCCUGAAACAUUAACUGAAGUUGCAACUGAAAAUGGAACUUGGUUGACUCAAGCUGCAGAGUCACAGCAUGAGAAGGAAUCGCAAAAGUCUUCGGCUUCUGUGGACAACAGCAAAUAUGACUGGAAACUGUGUAAGACAAGUGCAGGAUCAGAGUACAUACCAUGCCUUGACAAUGUGAAAGCUAUUAGGAUGCUUCGAAGUAUAAAACAUUAUGAACAUCGAGAGAGGCACUGUCCUAAUGAAGCACCAACUUGUCUUGUUCCUCUACCUGAGGGCUAUCAAAUCCCAAUUAGGUGGCCUCAAAGCAGGGAAAAAAUUUGGUUUAACAAUGCUCCACAUAUUAAGCUUGUAGAAGUUAAGGGGCAUCAAAAUUGGGUCAAAGUUACAGGGGAAUACCUCACUUUUCCUGGUGGUGGAACUCAGUUUAAAAAUGGUGCUCUUCAUUACAUUGAGUUCAUUCAGAAGUCUCUUCGUAACAUUGCAUGGGGGAAGAGAAGUCGAGUGAUACUGGACGUCGGGUGUGGUGUAGCCAGCUUUGGAGGCUAUCUGUUUGAAAAAGAUGUUCUUACCAUGUCCUUUGCUCCCAAAGAUGUGCAUGAGGCACAGGUACAGUUUGCAUUGGAACGUGGAAUUCCCGCCACAUUAGGCGUCAUGGGCACCAAAAGAUUGCCUUACCCUGGUUCUGUGUUUGACCUUAUCCACUGUGCACGCUGUAGAGUCCCAUGGCACAUAGAAGGUGGCAAGCUACUCUUAGAGCUUAAUCGUGUAUUGCGACCGGGAGGUUACUUUGUCUGGUCUGCUACUCCUGUGUAUCAAAAGGAUCCGGAAGAUGUUGGAAUUUGGAAAGAUAUGGUUGAAAUUACAAAGUCAAUGUGCUGGGAUCUGGUGGUAAUUGGAAAGGACAAAUUGAAUGGAGUGGCAGCAGCAAUAUAUAGAAAACCAACUGAUAAUGAAUGCUACAAUAGGAGACCGAAGAAUGAUCCACCGAUAUGUGAUGAAUCUGAUGAUCCAAAUAAAGCCUGGAAUGUAUCACUACAGAAUUGUAUGCACAAAGUGCAAGUAGGUGCCUCGGAACGUGGAUCGGUUUGGCCUGAGCAAUGGCCACUGAGGUUGGAGAAACCACCUUACUGGUUAAACUCUCAAGUUGGUGUUUAUGGAAGAGAAGCAUCAGUGGAAUUCACUGCAGAUUACAAGCACUGGAAGAAUGUUAUUUCCCACUCAUAUUUGAAUGGAAUGGGAAUAAAUUGGGCUUCAAUAAGAAACAUCAUGGACAUGAAUGCUGCUUAUGGAGGGUUUGCGGCAGCUCUAAAAAAUUGGAAGGUUUGGGUAAUGAAUGUUGUUCCGUUUGAUUUUCCAGACACACUUCCAAUAAUCUAUGAGCGUGGAUUAUUCGGAAUUUAUCAUGAUUGGUGUGAAUCAUUCAGUACCUACCCUAGAUCUUAUGAUCUUCUACAUGCUGAUUCUUUAUUAUCAAAACUUAAAGACAGAUGCAAGAUAGUAGCAGUGAUUGCAGAAGUUGAUAGGAUGCUGAGACCAGAAGGAUACUUGAUUGUGAGGGACAAUGUCGAAACAACAAGCGAGAUAGAGAGCAUAGCUAAGUCUCUACACUGGGAUAUUCGGUUCACCUAUUCGAAAGGCGACGAGGGACUACUUUGCAUUCAGAAGACAUUCUGGCGUCCAACAAAGGUUGAAACUAUUGCAGCAGCUAUUGUCUGAUCAGAAUGAUGUUUCGCAAUCUCGAUUUCCAUGGCUGCCAGUACACUGCUUAGUCUGCUUAACUUGUUCUUCUGUAAGUACUCUGUUACCACUGUGUCAUAAUGUUGCUAAACAUUCAACUGCACUUCCCUGUAAAACUUGUUAAAUUUUUUUUUUUUCUUUUCUAUUCAAUUCAUAUGUUCAUGUCCUGUGUGGACUUGGUUAGGAUGGAGUGCAGUUGUGGUAGAGUUAGAAGAUUCUAAACCUUGUAAAGUGUAAUCUGUGAGGAAUAUUGAAUGUGAUUAUACUUUAAAAACUACAUAA